CUGCACGAGUUGGGGCUGCCUCGUUUGCGCACUUGAGGGGAGGGUUUGCGCUGGGACGAGCGAUCGGUGUCGGGAGGCCGGCUUGGGAAUCACGAUGGAAGACGAUGCAGCAGACGUGUAUCGCCUGGGCCCCAGUCUGAGCGUGUCGCGCGGCGAGCUGCACGGCGGCAUCCGCACCUGCGUCAUGCACAAGUUCAGGGAGCUGAGCGGGUUGCCCCUGGAGGACCAAGGCGUGGUGGUGCUGCAGGUGGGGCCUGCAGGGAUGCCCACCGCAGCAGGCAGUCUGAGUGCCACACUGGAUGUUUGUUUGUAGGGCUGGCGCAAGCAGCGGAACUGGUGGCAGGGCUUGCAACGAUCAGCAGCGGCGGCGGCGCUGUGCCGCUGUGUGCAGGGCGGCAAGGGGCAGCACCUAUACAACACCGACAACGAGCCGCUGUUCAGGCAGGAGGCGUACUUUCAGUACCUGUUUGGGGUGAACGACGGCGAGGACUUUUACGGCGCGUUUGACCUGCGCUCCGAACGCGCCAUCCUCUUCAUGCCCCGCCUGCCCGCCAGCUACGCGGUGUGGAUGGGGCACAUCCCCACGCCAGCAGAGGCCCAGGCCAAGUACGCCGUGGACGAGGUGCGGCACGUCGAUGAGCUGGCGGCGGUACUGGCCGAGCUGGCAGCGCCGUGCCUGCACCUGACGCCCCUCCUCUUCCCGAACCCUUGCCACGCGUGCAGCGGCCUGCCCAUGCCCCCAGUGAUGUUCGAGGGCAUCGAGAACUUCACUCUGGAGACGCAGGCGCUCUAUCCGGUGCUGUCCGAGUGCCGCGUGUUCAAGUCGCCGCUGGAGCUGCGCAUCAUGCGCUAUGCGUGCCGUGCCGCCAGCGAGGCGCACGUGGAGGUCAUGCGGGCCGUCCAGCCUGGCGUGUGGGAGUUCCAGGGGGAGUCUCUGUACCUUCACACGCUGUACAGCCGGGGCGGCUGCCGGGGAGCCCACUACACGCCCAUCUUUGCCAGCGGCCCCAACGCGGCCAUCCUGCACUACGGGCAUGCAGGCGCGCCCAACAGCCGGCAGAUGCGGGCGGGCGAGCUGCUGCUGGUGGAUGCGGGGGCAGAGUACUACAGGUAUGCCGCCGACAUUACCUGCACCUUCCCCACCACCGGCAGCUUCACCCCAGACCAGGCCCUGGUCUACAAUGCUGUGCUGGCAGCCAACCGAGGCGUCAUCGCUGCCAUGAAGCCGGGAGUGCGCUGGCCGGACAUGCAACUGUUGGCGGAGCGAACCAUACUGUCGGCGCUGCUGGCGGGCGGGCUGCUGCGGGGGGAGGUGGAGGCGAUGGUGGAGGCGCGGCUAGGGGCCGUCUUCAUGCCGCACGGCCUGGGCCACUUCCUGGGUCUGGACACACAUGAUGUGGGCGGCUACCUGCCGGGGCACCCAGAGCGGCCGGCGGCGGCGGGGCUGGCCCGCCUGCGAACGGCGCGGGUGUUGGAGGAGGGCAUGGUGAUCACUGUGGAGCCGGGCUGCUACUUCUCGCGGGCCCUGCUGGAGCCGGCCUUUGGGGAUGAGCAGCUGGGGCGGUUUUUGGUGGAGGAGAGGGUGCGCCAGUUCAUGGACUUUGGCGGCGUGCGCAUCGAGGAUGACGUGGUAGUGACGGCGGAUGGCGCGGAGAGCAUGUGCGACGUGCCGCGCAGCAUAGAGGAGGUGGAGGCGGUGAUGGCGGGCGCGCCCUGGCCGCCGCCCGCGUGACUGGUGGUCACGCAGGUGGCGAUCAUCUCCCUGACCCGGGGCUGGGCCCGGGGGUCCCCGCUGGCUGACAGGCACAGCCUCUGUGGCAUUCCAAGGCGGCCCAGGUUCCAGGCUGGCCCGGGGACUCUGCUUUGAUCCUGGCAGAUUUGGGAAAGGUUCAACUUAGCCCGUGGAAUUCCUGUACAUUGUGCCAGUCUGCCUUCUGCCGAUCAGCUCUCUCGUGCCUGCGCGCUCUGCCGCCCUGCCCUGCAUGCUCGCUGCGUCAGAUCUGUGACACCACUGCCCCUGGUUGCACAAUGAAAUUGACAUUCGAUAGAGACAGGUGGACAUCACUGCCCCUGGUUGCACAAUGAAAUUGACAUUCGAUAGAGACAGGUGGACAUCACUGCCCUAGGUUGAACAAUGAAAUUGACAUUCGAUAGACAGAAGGUGGUUGGUAACAGAUAAAAUGGC